AGCAUAACCGUGACGCCCCAACUAUCUAUUUAAGCACUGCACUGCAAUUUCCUUCUGUUCACAAAGGGAAAAAACAAACAAAAAACAUAAGCAGUAGCUAGAAGAACAAUGUCACAAGUCCAAGCUCUGAUCUCUGCAUCGCCUGUAAGAAUCACUAGUGGUAUUUCUUCCUGUUCAUAUUCGAAAAUUUCGAUGAUUCGUCCUCUCUGGCGACCGGCUAUACGACUACAGGCGGUGACGCAGCCAAGGCCACUCCGUUGUCAGCCACAGCAUGUGGACGGUGUUGCUGUGGCCGUGGCUGCACUCGAUCGUGUUAAAGAUCAGGACAAUAGCGGAAUGAGUUGGUUCUAUGAGAUUAAAAUGAAGGUUCGGGACUAUGAGCUGGACCAGUAUGGAGUUGUGCACCAUUCCAUUUAUGCUUGUUAUUGCCAGCACGCUCGUCAUGAGCUUCUGGAGGCGAUGGGAGUGAAUGCUGAUGAGGUUGCUAGAAGUGGUCUCGGAUCAUGCACACUGUCUGAAGUUUCUUUGAAAUUUCUGGCACCCUUGCGAAGUGGAGACAGAUAUGUAGUGAAGGUUAGGGUGUCCAAGUAUACAGCUGUUCGAGUCUUCUUUGAGCACUUUGUGUACAAGAUAACUGAUCAAGGAGAGCUGCAACCAAUUGCUGAGCAAAUGACAACUGGGGUUUGGCUCGACACCAAAAACCGCCCAAUCCGCAUUCCUGCUGAGGCAAAGUCCAAAUUCGUUCGCUUCAUUAGUGAGGGACCAAGGGGAAAUUAACCCAAAUGUAGUUCAUUUCUUUGAUUUAUCAUCUGCUCAUGAACAGAGAUUCUUAAAUUUUAAGGAUAUUGUAAUCUAAAUUAUAUGGAUCAUGACUUGGUCAAGGUUUUUUUUUCAAGGUAGGAUACAAACUAGUUAUUACAAUGCAACACAAUUAUCUUGCUGAAGU